AAGCGUCCUUUCACCAUCAAAUAAUCACUUGUCUUCAUUUCAACAUGCUUUCUCGAACCGCCGUUCAACAUCAAAGGCAUCUGUUGCCCUUAUCAUCUCGUCUUUAUGUACAACCACAAAUAAGAGCUGUCUCCAAUGCAGCGCUGAGAACCUCUUUAAAGCCUACACAGGCAUCCGUGGUGGAUGAACCGUCACCUCUCUCCAAGAUGCCGAUGGGAGUGCUCCUACGUUCCGUUGCCUUGACAACAGUAAUGGCCAAUAAGUGGUUACUGCGACCGUCACUUGCAUUCAUCGCGCUUAUCACACAGUCCAACUCAGUGCUCCUAAACCCCGAUAAGAACCCAGUGCUGAGUCGGAUCCUUCAAUGGACUAUUUAUGACCAUUUUUGCGCAGGGAACAGCAUUGCCGAGGUGUCGAAUACUGUCAAGUACAUCAAGGACCUUGGCUUCCACGGCAUCAUUCUCGGAUACUCGAAAGAUGUCGUCUUGGACCCCAACGUGGAGCUUCCAACGACAGGCAUCGAGGACUACCCCGCUGAAUGCUACAGGAUGAUUGAUGAGUGGAAGAAGGGUAACAUCGAGACGCUCAAUAUGAUUGAGUCUGGCGAUCUUCUCGCUGUUAAGGUAACUGGCGCUGGGCCUAUUGCUGUAGACGCCUUACAGGCUGGUCGCCCCAUGAACAGCUAUCUCCACAAAGCCUUAAACGACAUCUGCAACGAAACUCGAAAGCGCGGAUGUCAACUCUGGAUCGACGCAGAACAACAAGCUAUGCAGCCUGCCCUCGACGACUGGACGAUCGUACUAAUGCGAGAACACAACCGAAACGGAAACGCCCUCAUUUAUAACACCAUCCAAGCUUAUCUAAAAGGUGCUAGGCAGAAUGCGAAACGACACAUCCAACUAGCAGCUCAAGAAGGCUGGACUGUUGGCAUCAAGCUAGUGAGAGGUGCAUACAUCGAGAAUGAGAUACGGUCUUUGAUCCAUGACACGAAAGAAGACACGGAUAACUCUUACAACGAUAUUGCGGACAUGCUUAUUUCUCGAAGAGUACCCGAUGGAGCUGCAAACCUGGAGUUCCCAGACGCUGCACUCGUUUUGGCAACACAUAAUGCUGAUAGUGCGCAAAAGGCUCUCCAAACUCAGAGAAAACGACUUGAGGCUGGUCUUCCCACAGUGCCUAUGAAGUGUGCGCAGAUCAUGGGCAUGGCUGAUGAGUUGAGUUGCAAGCUGCUACAGGAUUACGAGCAGGCUGUAAGGGAGAACAGAGUCACUAACGAAACACCCAAGAUCUACAAGUGCUUGCCGUGGGGCUCGGUGCAGGAGUGUAUUAAUUAUCUUUACCGACGAGCGGUGGAGAAUCGUGGUGCUGUUGAGAGGACGCAGCAUAUGGCGCAGGCUAUGAGACAGGAACUCCGACGUAGGAUACUGGGGUAGAGAGCAGACAGAAAUAGAUAUUGAAG